UAGUGAAGAAGACUGGAGGUGUUUGGGGAUUGAGGAGAGGGAGGAGGGAGGAUGGGGAUGAGGAGGAUGAGGGCGGCACUUUGAGGCUUCCUUUUAAAGCGCGCGCUGCUGGGCUGGAGACUGGUGCAUGUUGCAUGUGCUUUGCUUGCAUCCACAGGUUGUGCUUCCAUCUGCACACGCGCUACCGGAGGGGAUUACCACAAACCGCAACUAUUUAUUUUUUUUUGCGCGCGCUAUUGGUGUCUCGGUCUCUCGUGCACCAGCGUGCGCUCCCGAAUGUGAACCAAAUUCGAGGCACCCACGUAUCAGGGAAUCCCCGGCGUUCUUUACGCAUGAUUAAGGAGCGGAGGCGCGCGCUGCGCCGCGGGUUGGCUCUCGCGGCCACGGCCAGCGGCAGCACGCUGGACUGAGCGAUGCGUUCAGCGGGCGUUAACGGAAGCCUGGCUGAGCUCAAGGAUGCGGGUUCGACCAACGGCACCGGGGACCCGUUCGGGCGCAACGAGGAGGUGGCCAAGCUGGAGAUCGGCGUGCUCAGCGCCACGUUCCUGGUGGCGGUGGCGGGAAACGCGUGCGUGCUGCUGGCCGUGCGGCGCGCCAACAAGAAGGGCUCGCGCGUGCACCUGUUCAUCAAGCACCUGAGCCUGGCCGACCUGGUAGUGGCUUUUUUCCAGGUGCUGCCACAGCUCUGCUGGGAGGUGACCUUCCGUUUCCACGGGCCGGACUUUUUGUGCCGCGUGGUGAAGCACGCGCAGGUGCUGGGCAUGUUCGCGUCCGCCUACAUGCUGGUGAUGAUGACGGUGGACCGCUACCUGGCCGUGUGCCACCCGCUCGAGACGCUGCGGCGGCGGCCGGCGCGGCGCGCGCGCGCCACAAUCGCGGCCACGUGGCUGUGCAGCGUGGUGCUGAGCGCGCCGCAGUACUUCAUCUUCUCGCUGAGCGAGGUGCGCCCCGGCUCGGGGGUCUACGACUGCUGGGGGCACUUCAUCGAGCCGUGGGGAGUGCGCGCGUACGUGACGUGGAUCGCUGCAGGCAUCUUCCUCGUGCCUGUGUUGGCGCUCGCGCUCUGCUACGGACUCAUCUGCCGGAGCAUCUGGAGGAACGUGCGGGGUAAGAUGCGGCGGGGAGAGGCAGGAGCAGCGGCGGCGGCGGAGGAGCCGGGGACUCUGGCGGGCAGGGCGCGGGUCAGCGGCGUGUCCACGAUCUCGCGCGCCAAGCUGAGGACCGUCAAGAUGACCUUCGUGAUCGUACUCGCUUACGUCGUGUGCUGGGCGCCCUUCUUCGUGGUGCAGAUGUGGUCCGUGUGGGAUGAGGAGUUCUCCUGGCACGACUCGGAGAACACGGCGGUGACCCUUUCAGCUUUGCUGGCCAGUCUCAACAGCUGCUGCAACCCCUGGAUCUAUAUGCUGUUCAGUGGUCACCUCCUCCACGACUUCCUGCGCUGCCUCCCAUGCUGGCGGCCCGGACGCUCCAGCUCAGACGGCAGUGUGCGGAGGACCACCGCAGCGGGCAAACUGCCCACUGCACGGACCCCCACCAGCGCCUCCGACUCAUGGAGGGAGCCGUGUAACUCGCGCAAGUCCAGCCAGUCUGUAGUGCUGGACUAUCCUCGCAGAGCCAGCCACACCAUCCCACUCGAGGCCUAAAGACGGCCAUGUUUAAUGUUUACAAACGUUCAAACAGGAACAGUGUUCAUGGAGUUGCAUACUCUUUGCUUUAGUCACCAUCGUCUACCAAAACGAGGCUGUGGGGGACGAAAGUAAUGUUGGACCGAUGGGUACUAGUAGCAAUGCCACCUCAAUGCUGCGUUCCCAAAUGCACUUCUUCAAAAAGAAAGAAAGCUUAUAGAGGUCAAACUUUUCAUAGUUUCCCCAAAGAUCCUGUACUUCACCUUGAUUUGAUUCACAAAAUCAGUAGAGAUCGCCACUUCAGUUUCAGAUGAACUGGCUAGCCAUCUUAAUAUUACUCAACCAGCCAAUCUAGCCAGAUGAAUGUUAGCAAAGAGAGUUAUAGCAGCGUCUAUGACUUGAUCAACCCUGAACUGGUUAUUUAUUGGGUUUAACAUCAAAACGAGUGGGCGUGGGCUAACGUUAGUCAAGCCAUAGCUCUUUAGAGUAGCCUGCUUAGCUAGGUUAACUAGCUAGUUAAGUUAGCUGAACUGUAUUUGGCAUUAAUCUCAAUAAGGUUAGCCAUAUUAAGAUUACCCAGCCAGCCAAUGUAACCAGAUAAACGUUAGCAGAGAAGACAGCAAGCUAGCUAAACACGGUAACCUGCUAUUACCUAAUUAAUCCAGAACAGGUUAUUUAUGGGGUUUAACGUCAAAACAAGUGGGUGUGGGGUAACGUUAGUCAAGCCAUAGCUCUUUAGCUCUUUAGCCUGCUUAGCUAGCUAGCUAUAUUCUACCAUGGGUAGCCUGGUCUUGCUUAGCUGGACUGUUUUUGGCAUUAAUCUUAAUAAGGCUAGCCAUAUUAAGAUUACCCAGCCAGCCAAUCUAACCAGAUAAACAUUAGCAGAGAAGACAGCUAACCCCAAGCCUCGCUUUCGUUUCAACAUGGGUGCAGAGGGAAUAAGGUGCAUUGGACGUUACAGUGACACUAUUGGGUCAAUAGCAUAAGGUCACAUUGAUGGUACCAUUUGUCAUGAUUGCCUGGUAAUAAUUUCAGGUCAUGGCACUGUUUACGAUCCAACCAACUACAGUCUAUUUUAGACCAAUUUUGGACUAAAAUUGAUUUUAUCUGACUGUAGUUGUGUUAAUAACAGCAUUAUGACCCUGUAUUGACAAUUUUGGGUCAAUUUUGGGUCAAGGAUCAACUGUGGUUGUCAGGUCAGGGUUUCUCAACCAGUGGGCCACACAGUAGAGUUUAGAUUCCUUGCCUGAGCCCCAACUGUAGUGUCCUUUUUUAAUGCUGUUUCUAUUUUGUAUAAAGCUAUGGCGUGAAAAUCAAAAUUCAGCAAAGUAACAAAAAAGAUUGCACUAGUUAGAAUUUUAUAAUCAAGUGGCUCUGGGGCUCACGCACAUGUGAGCUCCUCCACUUGUCUGCAUUACAAACUUGACUUGCAGAGCUGUGUGUUGCUGUUUUUAAUACAUAUUUUUCUCAAAUAAUAAUAGGUCUAUGCUUCUUCAGUGUUGCAAUGUUAAUUAACAUCGUUCUAAACAGACUUUGUUCCUUCAAACAUCCGAUUUUUUUUUUAAAGCUCAGUUUUGUCGCUGUACUUACAAAAAAAAAUGUUGAGUUUAAAUCGGGCUCGGACUAAUAAUGACAGUUAAUGGGGUCUCAGGUCUGUAUUGAGCUGGUAACAUCACUUUAAAUAAUGAAGGGAGGAGUGGAAUAAUAAUUUACUAUAAAAACAAAUCUAGAGAUCAACCACAUAUA